CUCCCCGUCGAGAUCGUUCUCCCCCUCCCCUCCUUCGCUGCUCUCUCCUCUCCCCUUCCACCGUGUGUGCUGCAUCCGCCACACUAGUCCCAGAUCUCCAAACCCUAACCCCCCCACCCCGCAUGCCAUUCUACUAGCCGCCGCUCGUCAUGGCGCCGCCCCGCACAUCGGGUCUCCUCCUCCUCCUCGCCGCGGUCGUCGCGGCCGCCGCCGUCGUCCUCGUCCCGCCGGCGGAGGCGGCGGUGGCGAGCAUCGACCUGGGGUCGGAGUGGCUCAAGGUGGCCGCCGUGCACCUCGCCCCCGGACGCGUCCCGAUCGCGGUGGCCAUCAACGAGAUGUCGAAGCGCAAGUCCCCGGCGCUCGCCGCGCUCGCCGACGGCAACCGGCUCGCCGGCGAGGAGGCGUCCGGCAUCACCGCGCGCCACCCGUCCAAGGUGUUCGCCCGCGCGCGGGACCUCCUCGCGAAGCCCUUCCCCUACGUGCGGUCCGUCGCGGAGGCGCUCUUCCUCCCCUACGACCUCGUCCCCGACGCGCGCGGCGCCGCCGCGGUCCGCGCGGACGACGGGCAGGUCUACACCGUCGAGGAGAUCGUCGCGAUGGUGCUCCACUACGCCGCUGGGCUCGCGGAUGCGCACGUCGGCGCUCCUGUGCGUGACGCCGUCGUCGCCGUUCCGCCCUACUUUGGGCAGGCCGAACGCCGGGCCUUGACGCAGGCGGCGCAGCUUGCCGGAGUUAACGUCCUCGCGCUCAUCAAUGAGCACGCCGGGGCAGCGUUGCAGUACGGGAUCGACAAGGAUUUCUCGAACGAGUCGAGGCAUGUUAUCUUCUAUGACAUGGGCGCAGGUAGUACCUACGCCGCGCUGGUGUACUACUCAGCUUACAAGGCCAAGGAGUUUGGGAAGACGGUAUCGGUGAACCAGUUCCAGGUUAAGGAUGUUAGAUGGGACUCCAAACUUGGAGGCCUUGAAAUGGAAAUGCGCCUGGUAAACUAUUUUGCUGAUCAAUUUAAUAAACAACUCGGUAAUGGAGUUGAUAUCCGCCAGUCUCCCAAGGCGAUGGCUAAGUUGAAGAAGCAAGUUAAGCGUACCAAAGAAAUUCUGAGUGCAAAUACUGCUGCUCCAAUUUCAGUUGAAUCACUAUAUAAUGAUCUCGAUUUCAGGAGUACCAUUACACGUGAAAAAUUUGAAGAACUUUGUGAAGAAUUAUGGGAGCAGGCUCUAACUCCAGUUAAAGAAGUGCUUGCACAUUCUGGAAUGAAGAUUGAUGAUAUCUAUGCUGUAGAAUUAAUAGGAGGAGCUACUCGAGUACCAAAAUUGCAGGCUAAGCUGCAGGAAUUCCUGGGAAGAAGUGACCUGGAUAAGCAUCUUGAUGCAGAUGAAGCAAUUGUUCUGGGUGCCUCACUGCAUGCAGCUAACUUAAGUGAUGGAAUUAAGUUGAACCGUAAGUUAGGGAUGAUUGAUGGUUCUACUUAUGGUUUUGUGUUUGAAAUAAAUGGCCCAGAUUAUGUCAAAGAUGAAAGCACUGAUCAAUUACUGGUGCCAAGGAUGAAAAAAUUGGGAAUUAAGAUGUUCAGGUCCAUUAGACAUACUAAAGACUUCGAUGUUUCUAUCAGCUAUGAAAAAGCUUCUGAACUGCCUCCAGGUGUUACAUCACACAAAUUUGUGGAGUAUUCUGUAUCAGGCCUGACAGAUGCAAGCGAAAAGUACAGUAGCCGCAAUUUAUCUGCACCCAUCAAGGCAAAUCUACAUUUUUCUUUGAGUAGGAGCGGAAUUAUUUCUCUUGAUAGGGCAGAAGCAGUGAUUGAGAUAACUGAAUGGGUUGAAGUUCCAAAGAAGAAUUUAACUCUAGAGAGUAAUUCCACCAGUCAGACUUUGUCUUCGGAAGGAGGAGCAGCUAAUGACACAUCUGACAGUAAGGAGAAUGUGAGUUCUGAUGGGGAUGCAAAUAAGUCCAGUGCUCCAAUAGAUGAGAGUAAUGCACAAGAUAUUGUUACAGAGAAGGUGCUCAAGAAAAGAACAUUCAGGGUCCCGUUAAAGGUUGUGGAAAAGAUGGCUGGUGCUGGAUCAAUUCUUUCGAAGGAGUUGUAUUCUGAAGCAAAAACUAGGUUAGAGGCGCUUGAUAAGAAGGAUGCUGAAAGGAGGAGAACUGCUGAACUGAAAAAUAACCUGGAGUCUUACAUAUACUCUAUGAAGGAGAAGCUGGAAGAGAACACAGAAAUUUUGACCGUCUCAACUGAACAGGAGAGGGAAUCUUUUGCAGAGAAACUUAAUGAGGUACAAGAUUGGUUGUAUAUGGAUGGUGAAGAUGCUCAAGCAAAUGAAUUCAAGGAACGCCUUGACCAACUUAAGGCCAUCGGUGACCCAAUUCUUUUCAGAUUGAGUGAGCUAAAAGCCCGGCCAACGGCUUGUGAAAAUGCUAGAUUGUAUCUUGCUGAGUUGCAAAAGAUUGUUAAGAACUGGGACUCGAACAAACCGUGGCUUCCAAAAAAGAGGGUAGAUGAGGUUGUAAGUGAAGCAGAGAAAGUAAAAACUUGGUUGGAGGAGAAGGAAGCCAUACAGAAAAGCACCCCUGUCUACAGUCCACCUGCUUUCACAUCUGAAGAAGUCUACGAAAAAGUUCUGGACCUACAAGAUAAGGUUUCUAGUGUCAAUAGGAUACCUAAACCAAAACCCAAGAUAGAAAAGAAACCUCCCAAGGAAGAAGAGUCUGCUAACAAAGAGAAAACUGACUCUUCGGAAUCUGAAUCCAAAGAAGCUGAAUCCACGGAAACAUCGUCGGAAUCAGCUGCCCCUGAAGAGAGUCAGUCUGAACCACAAAAGACUGACGAUUUAGAACCUGAAGCUCAUGAUGAGUUGUGAUUAUUAGCGUGAACCUUGGCACCCCGUAGGAUUUGUUGGGAUGAUACUGAUACUCCAAGAAGGCACUUUGUCAGAGGCAAAAUUUUGGUUGCUCAAAUUUUCUCAUUUGUUUGACGGCCAAAAGAUGAGGUGUAGGAUUUCCGUAUGGACUAGAUGCUAUAGGACCAGCAGAAAGGUGAUCCAUAGCUUCUAAUCGCAGCUUCUAAUCGCUGUAUAGCAGUAUUAUGGUCUCUAUGGCAUGCUGUCAAAGUUAAUGCCUCAAAGGCUUCGACUUCACGACUUUGUAGUUGCAUUGUUUGUAUCGAACUAAUUUGUUUUGAUAUUGCUGAGCUAUAGAAAUUUUACAUCGAUUAGCAGUCUUAUCA